UUUUGAGGAGAAGAGGAAGUACUAGUCAGAUAAUAAUUUAGCAGUUAACAGUGGCGUCGCCCGUAGAGAAUUCUAGAAAGUGGUCUCCCUUUCUUCCCCAAUUUCCAAUUGAUCAAAUUCCGAAACCCUAAUUGAAAAUUCCCCCGUAGAAGUUGCGAUUAAUUGUGUUUAUACUGAAGAGGUUGCGCAAGCAAUUGACGAUGUCGACGGUACCUUCAUCAUCAUCAGCAUCUGUUUCAUCGCAGUUUACAUAUUCAAAUGGAUCCUAUUUUCCGACGCCGUUUCAUCUGCAACAACCCCAAUACGCUGCGCCGCCGCAACCACCGAUGCCCGCUUCUCUUCCCAUCGCUCCCGCGUCCGCCUCCGCCUAUUCCGCUUCGCCUGGGGUCUACACGCUCCCCCAGUUUCAUCAGGCACAGCAAUUAUUUCAAAAGGAUGCACAAACUAUUACACCCGAAGCUCUAGAGAGUGUCAAAGCAGCUCUUGCAAGCAGUGAUAUUGAACACAAAGCAGAAACAAAGAAGAAAGCAGUACCACGUAGAGCUGCUGGUCAGUCAUGGGAGGAUCCAACGCUUGCAGAGUGGCCAGAAAAUGACUAUCGCCUAUUUUGUGGUGACCUCGGAAAUGAGGUGAAUGAUGAUGUCUUGUCAAAGGCCUUUGCAAGGUUUCCAUCGUUCAACAUGGCCAAAGUGGUUAGAGAUAAACGGACUGGCAAGACUAAGGGAUAUGGUUUUGUUAGCUUUGCCAACCCUUCAGACCUUGCUGCUGCAGUGAAAGAAAUGAAUGGUAAAUAUGUUGGAAACCGGCCUAUUAAACUACGUAAAAGCAAUUGGAGGGAGAGAACAGAUCAGGAUGCUAUGGAAAGGCAAAAGAACCAAGCCCAUAAAAAGCCUAAGCAGUCUAGGAAAAGUGUACUGCACAAGUGACCAUGAUAAAUUCACAUUUGGAGUUGGUGGAACGCAAUUGGCGUUAAUCGAAGUUUGGGGACCUUGGUGUCAGGAUAUGUUGGUGAUGAGAAGAAAUGGAUUUGUGGUAGUAUCAUAUAGCUUGCUUAAUUUGAAUGUACUAUACGUCUUGCAUUUGACGGUCAAGAAUUUGCUUCUUACUGUAAAACAUGCAGUGAAGAAUCAGUCUAAAGUUGUAAUUUAAUCGUCAAUGGUACUACUUGAUUCCAGAAAAUCAGAAUCGUAACUAAAGAACAAUUUCAUGAACAGUUAUUGGCGACAUUCUGUAUA